AUGACUAAGCCCCGUCGGUCAGAGCGUCUUAGUCAGCAUGUACAACAAGUUAUCAUAGCACGCGCAGUCGACGGGACCUCAGCCCAGAACGAGCUAUCGGGCUGUGUCACCCCUAACGAAGUCUACCUACAUGCCCCUAAGAAUGAGACGCGAGACACUUCGUACGAUGUUGGCGUCAACGCACCGCUGCAUGACCCGGUUUUGGACACGAUCUACGCCUACCCAUACGGAUUUCCUGGCGGUGAUUUCACAUGGACUGGUCCCAUUAGUACAUGGGACGAAGUAACAAACGUACGAAUAUGGAUAUGUCCCCUUCCACUGGUAACUGUUGUGGGGAACAAAACGCUCAUCGUUGAUGUCGUGCAGACAACCCCACAGGAUCCCGGCGCAAUAAGUAUCCACUCAGAUCCAUCAUCUUAG